AUGUCCGCCAUCGGCACCGCAACUAGCACCCCCUCCUCCACCAAAUCCCUUUCCAACCAAGGCCAAUUCUCCUCCCGCAUCCACCACGAUCCCCCCCACUCCUCCAAAGCCCACCAACCCGGCCGCUCCCCCGGCCCCCGUGAAUUCCACGCGAAGACCGCCCCCCCUGGUUCCGCCCCGAAAUCGAAAUGCUACCCCCUGAACCCGGAUCCGAAAAAUCUUCCGCGAGCACACGCGAACGGCGGUGACCGCGCGACGUCUGGCGAUGUGAAUGCGGGCCAAGGGCGCCCGGACGGGGAGGUGGAUUGGACGGCAGAGAAUGGGAUGGGGGAAGAAGAGGGGGCGGGGAUGCGGGGGGAGGAUUUUUGGGGGAUUGGAGCAGACUUUGCUGCAAGGAGGGAGGAGGGUGUCUGA